CGGGCGGGCGGCCGGGACGCUGCGGGCGGGGAUGAGCUCUGGGGCUGCGCGGGCCGGGCGCGGGCGCCCCGCACGUCCCGGGAGCUGGAGCUACGCGCGGCCCGGGCGGAGCCAAGAAGAUCCUGUUCCCCAGGGAAUUGUCCAGACACCCAGUGAAGGGCGCCAGAUCCCCAGGCUCCACAUAGCACCAUGAAUAUAGGCUUCCCUGAGCCCCGACAAGGGGUGAGGAUGGCCACCCAGCCCAUUACCGGGGCUCCUCCUCCAACCACUGCAUCCUCCUAGCACCCGGGACAGCGGGGCCAUGCCAGGAGAGCGGCCCCCAACUUUGCCCAGAGACUUACAGCCCUGCGAAGUUUCCAGGAGCCUAGGGUGCCCCUCUCAGCACCCCCUCAAAGACCACAGCUCUGCCAGCAGGACCACCCAGGGCAUGAGAGAUGAAGGCAACAAGGCCGAAGGUUCCCCUGAGGCCCAGCUGAAUCAGGCCAAAGAGGUGGAGCAGGAGGACCUGCUACUGAGAACGCAGGUCCCAGAAGGACGGAGCUGUGCACAAGCAUACUCAUGGCUGGCCAGCAGGAUGGAGAGCGGUCACCCACAGCUCCACAGCCUAAGCACUUCAAGGAUCAGAUGCAUCCUGGAUGAGCCACCUAAGGACCUGCAGCAUAAAGCCCCCCAGGUGUCAGAGACCAAGGCUCCCCGGGGCCCAAAGACCAGAGCCCGCCCCAGGCCCAGCAUCCCAAGGGCCGAGGCCCUGCCCUCCCCAAAAGAGAAUGGCUCCCAACGGUGCUUUCAGGAGGCCCCUUCCAGCUUUACCUCCACCAACUGUACCUCACCAAGUGCCACUCCCAGGCCCUUGCCCCGGCGGGCUUCCCAGAGCAGUGGCACCAGCCCCCAUAGGCCUGCUUCUGGCACUAACCUCCAGGCCAUUGGGACCAACCCCUGGCCUCCUGCUGCUGAAAACAGCUUUCCAGGUGCUAAUUUUGGGAUCCCCUCUACAGAGCCCAAGCCCUUCCCUGAAGGCAGCAAGCCUAGCAGCCCCCAGGGGGUCUCUGUCCUUUACCCCUUCCCCGUAGAAACGGCACAACAUGAGCAGGCAGCUGGGACAGUGUUGUUCACCUUCCACCAGCCCCUGGUAGCAUGGUCUGAGGAGGCUCUGGAUACGAACCCUGCCUACCCAUCCCUGCCCUGCAACCCAGGCCAGUCAGGGGGCACCAGCACCCCCAGUGAUCUUGGAGGUGCCCUCUCCCCACCUGGUGCUGCUCACUUGGUCCCAAGCCCCUUCCACGAAAGUUUGCACAAAAGCCUGACCAAAGGUCUUCCUGAAGGGCCCCCUCCCACUCAUGAUGGACUGGGGAGCCCCAGGGGUACCCCCAAUCCUCCACCCCAAAGACACUUUCCAGGGCAGGGGUAUGGAGCUAAUGGAGUUGGCACCAGCCCGACACCUCUGGACACAGAGCUGCCCACCCCUGGACCACCACCCACCCAUCUUCCCCACCUGUGGGAUUCCACGGCUCCUUAUCCCAUGUCGACCCUGGGCCCUGCAGUUUCUGCCAGGACUUCCUUCUUCAAAGGCCAGCAGCUCUGCCUCCCCCAGAGUCCCCCCCUGCCCUGGUCCCCGGUGCUUACGACCCCUGGGCCAAAUUCUCACCAAAUGGGGGUACUGAACCAACUGACUUUCCCCAGGGGGUCUUCUGAGUGGCAGGGGGACAGCCAGGGAGCCCUAGGUGCUUUGAAUACAAUGCCCAGGCCUGGGGAGACACUGUCAGCUCUCAGGAGCAGCCCCGUUCAGCCAAGUAGCUCCCCAAGGCUGCUAGCCUAUGGUGGGCUAAAGGACCCUGGGACGCAGCCCCUGUUCUUUGGGGGAGCCCAACCCCAGGUGUCACCCCAAGGGACCCUCAGCCUGCCCCCUCCCAGGGUGGUGGGAGCCUCUCCCAAUGAGUCUCCUCUUCCCUCACCUGCAACCAACACAGCCAGCAGCAGCACCUGCUCAUCCCUGUCGCCACCAUCCAGUAGCCCAGCCAACCCCAGCUCUGAGGACAGCCAGCAGCCUGGACCCCUCAGGCCCUCAGCCUUCUUCCUGCCCCCCACCCAUUCGCAGGAGAUCAGCAGCCCCUUCCCUUCCCCAGAGCCCACACACACCCUCCCCACACGCUACCAGUCAGAGUCGGCCAAAGCCUUCCCACUCCCCACAGAGGGGCCAGGAGCUGAGGAUGCCUUCCAGGGCCUGGAGGGAGCCCCACUCCCCGACAAGAGCCCCUCGCUGGGCAGAGACAGGCUGCAGGGCCUUCCUCCAGAGCCGCCACCAUACUCUGCCCAGCACUUCUCCCUGAGCAGUGCCAGCCUGGACCAGCUAGAUGUUCUGCUGACCUGCAGGCAGUGUGAUCGCAACUACAGCAGCCUAGCAGCCUUCCUGGAACACAGGCCGCUGUGCAGCCUGCUGCUGGCCAAGAACAAGGAUGGCUCCCUGCUGCCCCCAGGGCUCCCCACACCCACCACCACCUCAAAGGCAUCAACCGAUGCACACUCAGCCUUGCUUGAACACAACCAGGCUGCCCCCUUCCUACUAACCAGAGAUGACCAGGGGGACAGCAGAGAUGACUCCCUGAGAACAAGCUUCCUGCCUGGCCUGGCUGCUAACUCCUUCCCACUUCCCUCCUCGGACCUUGACAUGGAAGAUGAUGCGAAGCUGGACAGGCUCAUCACAGAGGCACUCAAUGGCAUGGAGUACCAAUCAGACAACCCUGAGAUAGACAGCAGCUUCAUUGAUGUCUUUGCUGAUGAGGAGCCUUCAGGCUCCAGGGGGCCCAGUGCUGGGCAUCCCCUCAACACCCAAGUGGGAGCAACUCCCAAGAAUGGUACCCAGCCCCAGCUCCCAUCCAGAGCUGCUGUGCCAGAACCCCAAACUCCCUGCACUGGAGGCGGGGGGUGCCCAGCCCGAAGCAGGCCCAAAACCCGCUCUCUGGGCCUGGCAGCUGCAGAAGCUCAUGCAACCACCCUGGUGAGGCAGCAGAGGAGAGGGAAGCAAUUCAAGUUGUUUCGGAAAGAGCCAGGUGUGAUCAAGGGCACUAACAAUCCGGCCAGAGCCAUCUGCCUGAGGCCAAGGAGAAAGGGCCGAAGUGCUGAGCGGCCCCGGCCCCAGGAUCCGAGAGGCAGGCUUCGCAAGAGCCAUGGCCAUGCAGAACACAGCAUCCCCAGAGCCGCCUCUAAAGAGACCAGGAGCUCCAAGCACCUGCAACUGCCCUCUGGGAAGGACUCCAGGAAAAGGAGGGGUCGGGGUGGCUCCUGGAGCAAGGAGCUCAUCCAUAAGAUAGUACAGCAGAAAAACAGGGGCCCCAGGCGGCAAGCCCCAUGCAGCCAGGUCUCCCAUGUCCCAGUGCUGCCCACCAGACCACCUAGCACCCAGGAGGGCAGGCUCAGGGGGCAUGGCUGUACCUCUGAAUCUGAGGAGGAGGGCAGUGUGCAGCAGCGAAAUUUGGAGGCUCCUGUCCAAGGCUGCUCCCGUCACAGUCGCCAACGGUGGCGCCAGGGCAAGAAGAGGAAGAAGGAAGAUUUAGCCCAGAACCCAAGAAAGGUCAUGAGGCAGGAGGCUGGUGAGAACAGGGGCUCUCCCACUCCAAGAAGGACACACAGCCUGUUGCAGAGCUUGGAUGCUACAGAGGAUCCCAUGGAAAGAGGCCCUGAGCAUACCGGUCACCCCAUAGAAACCCCAAAACAUCCUUCACAGGUCCUCACCACCAACAAGACCCCAGAGGAAAUCCAUGCAGCCCUGGGCUUCCCCCAGGAGGCCAAGGAACCUGGAGUUGCUGCUGAGUUACACCGUCAGGGCACAGAACUUGGAGAGAGGUCUGGUUCUCCAGCUAGUUGUGGCGGUGAGAGCCCCGGCCCCAACGCUGCAGUGCCAGCACAGGCUGGCAGCCCUAGGCCAUCAGGGAGCCACCCUGAAACACUAUCGGGAAAGAGCAUGCCAGCACCAGAAGCAGGCUGUCUGCUGGGUACUUCCGGAUGCAUGAAGUCCCCCAGUUUGCACACCAGGGAUAACUCUUCUGCUUCCCAGCCUGGAGGGGGCCUGCUACCCAUUGGUAAGGUGGCAGAUGCUUUCUACACUGAACCCAGCAUCCCAGUUUUCAAGAACUCUAGUCCUGGUUGCAACCCUGACCACUGUGACAGGCACUCUAUAGGGUGUCCAGAUGCCAAAAGAGGACCCCUGCCUAACAACCACACUCCCUGUGAAUUGUUCCUUGGCUCCAAGGACCUAGCUAACUGCUUCCCUGAAGAUUUGUACUCCAAGCCUUUAGAUAUGGACACACUGCCUGCCCGCAGCUGCUACCUUAGCCAGGACAGUAUGGAGACUAUUGAGUCAGCACCACGGAAGGAGCCGCCCUACCCAGCCGAAACAGACCCAGGCAAGGUGCAUUCGCCACUGACCUUGGACUCCACAUCCCUGUUUGCGGGGCUACCUGAGGAUGGCUUUGACUCACCACUCUAUGACAGCUUGUCUGCAAACAGGGUCGCCCAUGUACCGCUGGUGUGUUCUGGCCCUCCCCCUAAGAAGCCCCUGGAAGAUUCUCUCUAUCCCCCAUUCUUGCUGCUGGAGGAAGUUUCUCCCGUGCUGCCUGGCCCCUUUCCUGGCCUCUCCAAGGGAAAAGCACUCAGCAAAGAGUGCCCCUUUGAACAGACAGUCCCUCCCAGCCCUCCCCCUGGGCCUGAAAAGGGAAGCGAAUGUAGCGUUACCCUUAUGAGCAAUCUGUGCGAGGACGAACUAGAGAUCAAAAGAUUGGUAACUGAAUUAGAAAGCCAACUGCAAGGAAGGGGGAGUGCACAUGGGGUCUUGGGAGAGCCUGAGGAAGCUGUACAUGAAGGCAAGACAGACCCAAGCCCAAAACAGGCCUCCUUGCUGCCCACACUUCAGGCUGCCUCAGCCCAGAGGGAGCCAGCAGCCAGCCUUACAUGUCUUGAGGGAUCAAGUUCACAGCAGGAAGGGGCCCCCAGGAACCCCCAGAAAGAGUGGUCCUACCCGGCCCCCUGCCAAACAGAAAAAGCAGCUCCUCCCCCAGGUACCCAGGAAGACCCGGGUUCUGGAGCUCCUCUCAGCCCUGUAGGCUUCACCCUCAGUUUUCAGACAGUUCAGGAGACCACCAUCUCCAACACAGAAAGUCAGGUCCCCCUUAGUGACCAUCUGCCGGACUCUAGCAAGCAUCGGGCACCCUUGCUACAUGCUGAGAGUUUAGCCAAGUAUAGCCCAAACAGUGAGCUUUCGUUUUCUAAAAAUAAUGAUGCUUCAGGGACACAGAAGGAGAAUGCCCCACUGUUGUUUCCCGACAAACAUAUGAGAGGACAUUCUCCAGACCCCCGUGAGGCCCAGGAGCCCUGCCCAAAUUCCUCUGCUCUAGAUGGAUUCAACAACCCCAAUGCCCAUCUGGCCCUAGAACCCAGCUUGAUGCUUAAGGAUGUCACCUCCCCUCCAAGUGCCAGUCUCAGCCACGACCCUAAGGGACACCUUGACGACCCAGCAGGGAGUCCCAUAGGAGCUAUACUUACCAACCCUAUUGCAAAGGAUCCCGGCUUUAAGGACGAGUCUGUGCCUACAGGAGCCUCUGCACUAUCCACCCUCCACAGUGGCAGGGCUUGGCCUCAUCCCAUGCCAGAUCCUCCCUGGGUACCCAGUGCCCAGCUUGGACAGGGGCUCCAGGAACCAGCCUGUUGUUCCUUUCCUCUACUCCAGGUCCUGGAUGCUACAGCCAAGAGUGAAGACAAUGCCCAGGGCCUUCAACCUGGGGACCCCUCAGUGACAGGAGGAGCCAGUGCAAAAGAGGAUUCCUCAGGGGCUAUAAAAAUGUCAGCUCUUCCUACAGACAUCCAAAAGCAGCUGAGGUCCAAGGCAGGUGGACAUCUGGGCUCACCCGGUCAAGCUGAAAAGACCAAGCAUCAGAGUCAAGCCAACAGGCUUUGGACAAAUAACUGGGGGAGCCUGGGGAAGCCAGACACACUCACCAAGGUCAGUGCCCAUUUGGAAGCUAGGCCAGCCAGGAGCAGAGGGCCACGUCAGAGCAACAGAGCAUCCCGGGGCCUCAGGAAACAAACGCUGCCCUCCACAAGCCCCGCCCUGCCUGAUGGCAUGGCCUUGGUUUCCAACCUGACCGAAUUCCCUCUCCAGAUGGGGCCUGCAGAGAGAAGCCCAGAGAAGGGAGCCAGCCCACAGCUGUUGUUUAGCCAGGAGAAUCCAGCUCCUCCCAACGGGGGCCUGACCACAGGUGCCCUCUUCACUAUCUCCUCAGCCACACCUACUGCCAGUGACCUUGAGCCCCUACCACCAGAAGAUCCUGGGGCCAGAGUCAAUUCUACUGGGCAACCAGCACUAUCCUCUCACAGAGACCUACCCAGCUACUACCAUCAGCCAGCCUGUCCUGUCUUGGAGCCUCUGGGAAAGGCCGGUCAUGGCCAAGCCACCAGAGAUGCUGGGCCCCCAGCAACCUCUACAUCAUUGAUAGCGAGCAGCUGUAGCUGUGAAGAGACUUUAUCUCGCUGCUCUCCGCUGGGGACCAACAGUCCCAAAGACCCUCCCUCAGAUCCACUUGGCCCCAUCAGUUUCUUAGCCCCUGCUGUACUGGAGAGGGACAGCCCCAAAGGCAUUGCAGUAAGAACAUUAGAAGAUUCUGGAAAAGAGGAGAUGGGGAUAUCUCCUGCCCAUGCCACUGCCCCUCCCCCAGGGAUUCCCAGCUCCCCCAAAAUGACCAUCAAAGCUGCCCCUCUGACCAAAGAUGGUCUAGAUUCAGGCGAGAGACUUGAGGUGCCAGACCCCCACUGCAUGGGAGUCCCACCCCUCAACAGCUCAGAAAGGACAUACUCCACGGACGCUUCCUUAGGGCCCCAGAGCAGCACUCCCUGCCCUGGCAUCAUCAAUGUGUCCACAGACCUUGCCACACCGGGGACUACAAGACCAGACUCUCAGAUCAGCCAAGAAGAUGAGGCAGGAGCCAGCAUCGAGGAACAGGACAACCCAGGAACACCUGGGACAAGACACUGUGAUGUGACAAAGGUACCCAGAGCCAGUGCCCGAGGCAUGCCCAUGGGUCUCCCCUUGGCUCCAGCAACUUCUCUGAGGUGCACAUCCAGUGACGUCAGGUCCGACUCUCCUCAAUGCUGUAUCAGCAUCUCUCAUCACCCUCCCCAGAAGGACCCCUUCAGUCCGCCAGACCAUAAACGGCGGAGGCCCCGCAGCUUGAGGAAAAAGCCGGAGCCCACAGAGAAGACUCCAGCUGGGCUGCCCAUAGCCUGCGAGCUCUGUUCCGCUUCCUUCCGCUCCAGAGCGGGCCUAAGCCGGCACAAAGCCAGGAAGCACCGGCCACACAAGGAGGCUGCUAGAUCCCUGCUGAGCCCCAUGAUCCUGCCAGCUUGCCAGCCUCCAGAUCCCAUGACCCAAGCACGCCAGACUCCUGGGAAGAAAAUCUGCAAGGUGCCUGGGAAAGAAAGGCCAAGACCUCCCGAAGCACUGGAGGACACCAUGGGUCCUGGUCCUGAGAUAUUGAAAGUGACUAGUGAGAAAUCUGAGGGAGCAGGGACACCAGACACUCCCCUCAAUCAGCAGCCACCCAUGCCAGGCCCGAGCGAGCAAGGAAAAAGUACGAAGGUUCCGGCCUCAAAGCCAAGGAGAAUGGAUGGGUGGCAAGCAGACCAGGUCCACCCUAAACAGGCAGAGAUGAGGGGCCGGAGGCAAGGUGGGGAGCCUGCCAAUUCCCCCAGCCACUCAGAGAGGAAAUCAAACAGGAAAGGGGGAAAGCUGGGAGUGAGGAGGAAGAAGCAUGGUCCUAGAGACACUACCCACAUGACUUCAGGCAAGCACCUCUCAGAGCCAUCUGCCGCAUGUGGCUAUCAUCUCACCCCUCGAAGCCUCUCACCUGGGGGAGAACGCAGGACAGCUGUUAGACCAUCCCCUCCACCCCCCACAGUAGGACCCAGAGCACUGGAGGAUUCAGAAGACAUGAGCAAAGGGACCCUGUGUACAGAGGAGGUGCCAGCACAGAAGGCCCUCCCAGAGGGGAGAGUCUGUCAAGGGACGAUAGAGAAGGAACAUCCAAUGGAACAGGAGGCUGCCUGGACGCAGUGGUUCUGGGGCCCAGGAGAGGCCAGGGCAUUGGACAUUAGUGGAGAACCAUCGAAGGCUGUUGAGAGCCAGCCUGCAGGGGACAGCAGAGACGCCAAGGGCAGGUCAGACGGGGGCACUGGGAAAGGGACACCUGACUUCCCUGACAGCACACACAGUCUUGAAGCAGACAGCACCAUCAGCAGCUUCCCCCAGGGUUCUGUCGAUGACCUUGACACCCAGGGUGGGGCUCGGGGGUCCAAGGUCACCACUCCUGAAACCCUCGGCCCGCAUCACAGGGAACUUCCAGACUUGUUUGAUGACGAGGUCUCCUUUUCUCAGCUCUUCCCCCUGGAUGGCCGCCUCACUCAGAAGAAUCUACGUGUCUAUGGGAAGCGCUGCAAAAGGCCAAAACACCCAUCACCAAAGGAGCCCAGGGCUGAGGUGGCAGACAGCGGCUCUCUCUGCUCCAUACGCCUGCCCACAGAUCUCAGUGACUCGGGCUCCCUGUGCCUGUCCCGUGAGGAAGAGUUCCUGUGGGAUGAUGAAGCCAUGAGUCUGCCUGAGUCCCUCCUCCCAGAUGGGCUCCUGAGCAGUAAGACAGCUGGCCUUGACCCCUGGACCCCCAGCCUCAGCCUGUGGGCCCUGGAAUCCAACCAGGAGGCCAGCUACAUGGAGGAGGAGGCCUCCUGCUUGACUGAGAACCAAGAAGAAUGGUCAGAGCCCAUCCCUCAGCUGCACAUGGUCCCAGCAGCCUGGCGAGACCUGGAGCUGUGCAGCCCUGCCUGUGAAACAGCCUCUUCCCUCGGAGACGCGAGCCCGGAGCCCCCCAACCUGGAAAGAGAACAUGACAACAGGCUACCUGGGAAUACCAGCCUGCCCACCCUGUACAUUAAAGACUUCGAGGUUCUUAGCACCCAGCUGGAGAUACAAGACCUGUGCUUCCUAGGACCCUGUGAUGACCUCUCUGACCUGCCCAACCCAGGGCUCCUAGACCUCCAGGCCACAGCAAAUUCACAGGGGCCUCCAAACCGAAGAAUGAAGGAAGCUGCCGGGGCCAGACGAGCCAAAGGCAGAGAGCGGACGGUGAAGGGCAGGAGGGCUUCCUACAAGUGCAGGGUGUGUUUCCGGCGCUUCCACAGCCUGGGCGAGCUGGAUCUGCACAAGCUGGCACACAGCCCCUCACCACCCCCCACCUGCUACAUGUGCGUGGAGCGCAGGUUCAGCUCCCGGGAGCUCCUGCGGGAGCACCUGUGGGAGAAGCACGUGCAGGGCAAAGCAGGGCCCUGGGCCUGCGGCAUGUGCCUGAAGGAGGUGGCCGACGUCUGGAUGUACAACCAGCACCUCCGGGAGCAUGCAGCCCGCUUUGCCCGGAAUGGACAGGCACGGCGAACCCUGGGAGACCUGCCCGGGGGCUUGGAAGGGGAAGGCACUCUCACACACUUCCUGAACAGCAUUGUAGAGCAAGCAUCCAAGCCCCAGAAGGCCAAGCACUCAAUUGGCAAGGCCAGCCGGGAGGCGUCGGAGCAGGAAGGAGAACCUGGGAAGAAAAUCUCAAGGAGAAGGGUGAAGCACAAGAUGCUUGACUCAGUGACCCCCAGCCAAGAUGGCGCCUUGCUGUCGCUCGGUGGGUCAAUAGAAGGAGGCAGCCCCUCCAUUUUGACUGACAGAUCUGCCACCUGCUCCGGCUCGGCCAAGACGCCCCCGACUCCAUCCCCAGACCCUUGGUCCCACAGUGAGUCCCCGCUCCAAGCUGUCCCAGUGCACGAGGACUGCAAGGACCCCUCCCGUGACUGCCACCACUGUGGAAAGCAGUUCCCCAAGCCCUUCAAGCUGCAGCGCCACCUGGCGGUGCACAGCCCACAGCGCGUCUACCUGUGUCCCCAGUGCCCACAGGUCUACCCGGAGCACUGGGAGCUGAGGGCGCACCUGGGCCUGACCCACGGCGUGACAGAGGAGAGGGAGCUACCACACAUGCCUCUCUACGCCUGUGAGCUCUGCGCCAACGUCAUGCACGUCAUCAGGAGGUCCUUUGUCUGCAGCUCCUGCAACUACACCUUUGCCAAGAAGGAGCAGUUUGACAGACACAUGGACAAGCACCUGAGGAGCGGCCAGCAGCCCUUCUCACUCCGAAGCGUUAGGCGGCCAGGGGUCCCUAGGAGGAAGACCCAGGUCCCCCAAGACGGGCUACCCAGUAGGCGGCACGGGGUGGUGGUGCCCUCCGGCUCCCCUGAACUCAGCACUGACGGAAUCCUACCCACCAGGAGCCCUAACCCAAGCGAGGUCUCCCUCCCUGCACUGCCCCUGAUCUGUUCAGAGACAGCUCCUAGCCUCAUCUUAGAGCAGCCCAGUACUCAAGAGAGGCCCGUGGACCAGGUGGACCACUCACCCAGGGGGAACAACCCACCACUGAGUGACCAGGACCUCCCGCCUCCAUCUCUGUCUCCUUUCUCAGCUGCCUCAGCUGAAGGUACCAGUGGCUGCAAGCUGGAGAAACCAGAAAGUGAGGCUUUCUUAGGCAGCCUUGAGCCAUGUGAGUGGCAAAGCCUGGUGGGGGAAAAGAGGGCCCUUCGCCUAUUCUCAGGAAAACACAGGAGGCCGGGCACCCGGGGGAAGGAUGCCCCUGCAUGUUCCCCGGGAGACCCCUCCUGGCUCCAGAGGGAGAGGCUGGUGACCACACACCACAUAGUACCUGAGGGUAGAAGAGAGGACUCCUCCCAGAAGGGCAGUGCCUGCUCCAGUACUUCUAAGCAAAGAUCACCCGCGCCCCCCAACAAAGUACCGAAACUCCCAGCACCAGCCAGAAAACCAGGGUUGGGGAACCCAGCACCGGGAGAGCUGGUCCUGAGCCCUGAGGACAGGGUCAAACCCAGCACGUCUAAGGCUAAGCCGAGACCCAGCUCUCAGUGCAGUGGAGGGCUACAGCCUAGUACUCAGACAGGGGGUGGCAGCCAGCCCCAGCCAACCAGCGGGCAGCUGCAAAGUGAGAUGGCCUCCACUCCCACUGAGCCCAGCAACCCCAGUGGGGGGAGCUCCACCCCUGACCAGCCCCCACCUCGAGCCCACACCAAGGGUAGCACCAGGGGGCCCAGAGAAGCUGAUCAUCACGGGGUCCAAGUGCAUUCCAGUCCCAGGGAGAAAAGAGAAAACAAUGAAAAAAAGAGGAAGUCCCAGGCCCUGGGGCUGGCCAGACAUGGCAUCAUGGCGAGCACUGGGCGAGCCCCCUCAGCCCCUGACAAGUUAUCUAGGGCUCCACGAAAGCAAGCAACUCCCAGCCGGGUUCCCCCUGUCAAGUCUAGACUCAGCGGCCAGAGCAGCAGGACCAGGCCCCAGCCAUCAGCACAGCGGAAAGGGGACCUGGGCCACGGUUCAGAAAAGGCCUCCUUCCCCCAGGCGAGACACCUGUCCAGGCCCUACAAAAGGGUCAGAGCUGUCCAUGGGGUUGAACCCAUGGAGCCCCGAGACCACCGGACUGCAGAGGCCCAGAGUGACCUCCUCAGCCAGCUGUUUGGACAGAAACUGACCAGCUUCAAAAUCCCCCUGAAGAAAGACAAUCCCCAGUGACCCACAGGAGAGGAUGCCUGCCUGGCCUUCGGAGAGACAGUUUGAGACCACUUAUUUGUCUGUUUCUCUGCUCCUGACUUCCCACGGGUUCUCUAACAGAUUCAGGAGCUUGAGAGUGCGCUGCCAGGAAUAGGGCCUUUUGCUGGAGGCUAGGAUUGAGGGAAGAACCAGCCUCCACCUGCUAUGAGAUCUUGCACCUGCUUCCUUGGUAGCAAGUGCUUGAAGAAAAUGGCUCGCAGCCCACCCCUGCCACCAUGCCCUGUUAGCCUGGUGCCUCAUGCUGUAAAACUCAUGUUUGAAGGUUUGCACAGGGUCCCCACCGCCUAGCAGGGAAGCACACAUUAAGGCAGCCAGGCGGACACUGGCAGCUGCCUUGCUAAUGUUGCUAAGAUUCCAAAGUGACCUUGGAAGUCAUAUGGGAGAGGACUAUGCUCUCUACUUGGGCCAUUUCUGAGCCACCUGGUCUUUGAGAGUGUGACAGGACCAUCACCCCCAGCCACAAAGUCACACUGGCCUCCAAGUGCACUGCUGAUGUUUCCAGCACCUUGCCCCGGGAACCAGGUUCCUACAGAGAAUACAAAGAAUGCCGCUCCUUGGCCAGUGCCUGGUGGAUUCCUCAGCCCUAUGACCCCUUCCUAGUGCCUUCCUCCCCUCCAUGGGGCUCCGUCUCUAGGUCCCAGAAAGCCUGAUCCAAAGGUUCUGGUGCUAUUUCCAUGCUGUAAUGUGAAUACAGGCUCCCUGGUCUUCUUUGAACCAUGGGAUGAUUAGGGUGGGGAGACCUAGCCGGAGCGGCUACAGCCCAGGACUUGAGAGCACCUCACCAGUCUUCCCAAUUGAGCUCCAGCCCCACGGUCCCAGCAGUGAAGGGACCCUAAGGCUAGGCUGUGGGUAUGGCAUGUGCACUGGCAUGAGCUUGCCGACUGCACACCUGCCGAUCCAGCGUUGUGUAUGAAAAUGGGCAGGAGAUUCCUGUUUCUCCAGGAGUCUUAGAGAUUCCUGACUUAUUUUGUUGUGUAGUUGUUUUUGUGUGUGUGUGUUUUUAAUAGCUUGGGUACAAUGUGAGUGUCAAAAGGUUUUAUUUUGACAUUUUAAACAAGACCAAAUCAAGCCCAAA